GAACUGGAGCUUUACUAGAAAAUUGAAACCAGAGUUUCACACACCACCUGCAGUGGGAAAAAUGGUGGAUUUUGGAGAGAUUCUGACAACUGUCGGAGACUUUGGCUUCUUUCAGAAGCUUAUCAUUCUUGCGUUAGCCUUCCAAAAUGUCUUGUUCCCCAUCUUCUUUUGCAGUUUCCUUUUCAUCCAGUCCGAUCCAGAGCGACACUGUAACACAGACUGGAUCCUUCAGGCGGACUCCAACCUGACCACAGAUGAGCAGCUGAACCUGACUCUGCCCCGCGAGGAGGACGGGACCUUCAGCAGGUGUCAGAUGUUUGUACCUGUGGAAUGGGACAUCGGCGCCAUCAGGGAGUACGGACUCAAUGAGACCACAGGGUGCCGGGAUGGAUGGGUGUACUACGACACGCUGUAUGACGCCACCAUAGUCACUGAUUUCGACCUCGUCUGUGACAGGUCUAACUUGGCUGAAGUUGUGAAGACAAUCUUCAUGGCUGGUCUACUUGCUGGUUCAUUCAUCUUUGGCCCUACAGCUGAAUCGUACGGCCGCAGGAGAACCACCCAGUUACCAGUUGUUCUCUUGCUCAUAUUCAUCACAGUCGCUGGCGUGUCUCCAAAUGUCUACGUCUACAUGGUGUCACAGUUCAUCGUCGGAGCCGCACUCGGAGGCUAUAGAAUUAACUCCACUGUACUAGCUACAGAGUGGAUUGGAGUCACCAAAAGGUCGUUGGCCUCCUGUAUGAGCCAGAUGUUUUCGUCUGUUGGACAGUGUGUCAUGGCCGGUCUGGUCUAUGCGAUCCGUGACUGGAGAAGAGUGCAGUAUGUCUUAGCGGGAUGGCAGGCCUUUAUAUUCUUGUACACGUGGUGGACUCCGGAAUCUGCGAGGUGGUUACUUGGACAAGGACGAACCGAAGAGGCAAAUAAGUUGAUCCGCAGAGUUGCAGCGAUCAAUAAAAAGAAAAUCCCAGAAAAUCUGCUGGACGCGGUAACUGGGGAACAAGAAGUCCAAAGUGGAGGUAUCAAAGCCAUGUUUACCUCAACACUCCUGAUGAAAUAUUUAUUCAUCAUAUCCUUCGCUUGGUUUUCAUUAAACUUGGGCUACUUCUGCCUCAUUCUGAAUGUGGGUAAGCUUGGUCUGAACAUCUUCCUGGUUCAGUUCCUGUUCGGGAUCACUGAGGCGCCAGCUCAUUUCCUGUGUGUCUGGGUUCUGGAGUUGAUCGGGAGAAAGAAAUCCCUCAUAUCGAGCCUCCUGGCGGGCAGUUUCUUUUGCCUCUUAACCCUGGCUUUCCCUCAAGACAGCGCUGUUGUUAUCACAGCCCUUGUAACCACUGGAAAGUUGUUUUUGAACUGGGGCGGAUCUGUAUGCAUGGUCUACAUUCAGGAGUUGUUUCCCACCUCUGUCAGGCAAACGGCUGUUGGUUUUGGCUCCAUAGCCUACAGAGGAGCCGGCUUGCUGUCCCCGUUGCUCAACAUCUUGGCUGUGUACCACUGGUCCAUACCCAUCAUCGUCUACAGCAGCCUCACUCUGACCAGUGGGGCUCUCAGCUUCCUGCUCCCUGAGACCAGGAGGAAAGAGCUUCCUGAUUCAACCCAUGAGGCUGAGGGCAACAGGAAAGUGACCAACCAGAACACAGGAAGUGACUUCAAAGUGGUCGAACACACCAUCAGAAAAUCAACCAAACUCUAGUUGGAAUACCGUAUUUUUACAGAUGUUUUUGAUGUGUAUAGCAUGAGCUUCAUGUUGAGUAGAUCUGGACCCGUGUUGCUGAGUUUGCUGCCAUCUGAUCAUUUCUGUCUGUUACUGUUUUACUGUUCUCGUAACAGCCGGCUUAAUGCCUGUUGUUAAGCAACAAGAAGAGAGGAACCCAGAUCUUGCACAGCAGCAAAAGGGAAAGUACAGGGGAAUACUCUUUCAUUCAUAAGCUGAUUCUGAAAUGUAAACACAACAGGAGUGAGAGUCCACGAGAGAAUGUUGCACGACAUCACAGCUACAAUGUCAUCUAUUUUUAAAAAUAAUUAUUUUAAUGCGUGACCCCUGAAUACGAAGCAAAAUCGACUUCUGACUCUGACACAGGGAGAGAAGUUCUUCUGAGCUGUAACGUUCUCCUCACAGAUGAGGUAACUGUAUUGUAUUUAACAUGGA